UGAUAAUGAGCUCGGCCAUGGGAAACAGGAAGUGAACGUCACUGACGCCUAAAUUUGACUCAAACGAUAACGUCGCCGUGCUGAGGAUGAGGAGGCUGAGCAAACGUCUCAUUUAGCAACGAAGAUGAUGAACUGUUGCGUCCAGGCCGGAUUUGAGGCUUCGACGAGGGUGCUUUGCUAAAUGGAGUCGGAGCAGCUGUACCACAGAGGCCACUGCAGGAACAGCUACAACAGCAUCGCCAGCGCCAGUAGCGACGAGGAACUGCUUGAUGGAGCCGGCAUCAUCAUGGACUUCCACACUACUGAGGACGACAACCUGCUGGAUGGGGACGCUUCCUCCCCAGGCUCCAACUAUGCCAUGUCUAACGGUGGUGGUGGGGCUGCCAGCAGCACCACUCAUCUCCUGGACUUCUUAGAGGAGCCCAUUCCUGGGGUGGGCACCUACGAUGACUUCCACACCAUCGACUGGGUGCGCGAGAAGUGCAAGGAUCGCGAAAGGCACAGGAAGAUAACCAGUAAGAAGAAGGAGUCGGCAUGGGAGUUCACCAAGAGUCUGUAUGAUGCCUGGUCAGGAUGGCUGGUGGUGACGCUCACAGGCUUGGCCUCAGGCGCAUUAGCCGGUCUGAUCGACAUCGCUGCCGACUGGAUGAACGACCUGAAGGAGGGUGUGUGCCUGAGCGCCAUGUGGUUCAACCACGAGCAGUGUUGCUGGACGUCUAACGAGACCACCUUUGCCGAGAGAGACAAGUGUCCCCAGUGGAAGAGCUGGGCUGAGCUCAUCCUGGGCCAGGCCGAGGGUCCAGGCUCGUAUAUUAUGAACUACUUCAUGUACAUCUACUGGGCUCUGUCCUUCGCCUUCCUCGCCGUGUGUCUUGUCAAGGUGUUUGCUCCGUACGCUUGUGGCUCAGGGAUCCCAGAGAUCAAGACCAUCCUGAGUGGGUUCAUCAUCAGGGGCUACCUGGGAAAGUGGACCCUGAUGAUAAAGACCAUCACUCUGGUGCUGGCUGUGGCAUCGGGUCUCAGUCUGGGGAAGGAGGGCCCGCUGGUCCACGUGGCGUGCUGCUGUGGGAACAUCUUCUCCUACCUGUUCCCCAAGUACAGCAAGAAUGAGGCCAAGAAGCGAGAGGUUCUCUCUGCUGCAUCGGCAGCCGGCGUGUCCGUGGCAUUCGGAGCACCGAUUGGCGGCGUUCUCUUCAGCCUAGAGGAGGUCAGCUACUACUUCCCUCUGAAAACACUGUGGCGCUCCUUUUUUGCUGCGCUGGUGGCUGCCUUUGUCCUGCGCUCCAUCAACCCAUUUGGAAACAGCCGCCUGGUGCUGUUCUACGUGGAGUACCACACGCCCUGGUACCUGUUUGAGCUCAUCCCCUUCAUCCUUCUGGGGGUAUUCGGAGGCCUUUGGGGUGCCUUCUUCAUUCGAGCCAACAUCGCUUGGUGUCGGAGGCGAAAGUCGACCCGCUCAGGUAAGUAUCCGGUUUUGGAGGUGAUCCUGGUGGCAGCGAUCACGGCCGUCGUUGCGUUCCCGAACCCGUACACCCGCCAGAACACCAGCGAGCUGAUCAAGGAGCUCUUCACGGACUGCGGACCGCUGGAGUCGUCGCAACUCUGCCAGUACCGCAGCAAGGCCUUCACGGAUAACCCCAACCGGCCCGCCGGGCCUGGCGUCUAUGCCGCCAUGUGGCAGCUAUGCCUGGCGCUCAUCUUCAAAAUCAUCAUGACCAUCUUCACCUUCGGCCUCAAGGUGCCAUCUGGCUUGUUCAUUCCCAGCAUGGCAAUCGGGGCAAUCGCGGGACGAAUCGUUGGCAUCGCCGUGGAGCAGCUGGCAUCUUACCACCAUGAUUGGUUCUUAUUUAAAGACUGGUGUGAGGUCGGAGCCGACUGCAUCACGCCUGGACUCUACGCCAUGGUGGGGGCGGCCGCUUGUCUGGGCGGCGUCACUCGGAUGACCGUCUCUCUUGUGGUCAUCGUCUUUGAGUUGACUGGCGGCCUAGAGUACAUUGUGCCGCUCAUGGCUGCCGUCAUGACCAGCAAAUGGGUGGGCGACGCCUUUGGCCGAGAGGGCAUCUACGAGGCUCACAUCCGCCUCAACGGAUACCCCUUUCUGGACGCCAAGGAGGAAUUUACGCACACAACGCUCGCCAGGGAGGUGAUGAGGCCCCGCCCCAGCGACCCGCCACUCGCUGUGUUGACGCAGGAUGACCUGAGCGUGGAGGAGCUGCAGGCCACCAUCAAUGAAACAAGUUACAACGGUUUCCCAGUGAUCGUGUCGAAGGAGUCCCAGAGGCUUGUGGGCUUCGCUCUGCGCAGGGACAUCACGAUCGCUAUCGAAAACGCUCGCCGCAAGCAGGAGGGCAUCUUGUUGAAUUCCAGGGUGUACUUCACACAGCACGCCCCCACCCUGCCUGCUGACAGCCCCCGCCCCCUAAAGCUCCGCUCCAUCCUGGACAUGAGUCCCUUCACUGUGACGGACCACACGCCCAUGGAGAUUGUGGUGGACAUCUUCAGGAAGUUGGGGCUGCGACAGUGCCUGGUCACUCACAACGGGAUUGUGUUGGGCAUCAUCACAAAGAAGAAUAUAUUAGAACAUCUGGAGGAGCUCAAGCAGCACACGCAGCGCCUGGCGGCUUCUCGGCAUCAUCACAAAAAAAGAUAUCCUCCGUCACAUGGCUCAAAUGGCAAACCAAGAUCCCGAGUCCAUCAUGUUCAACUGAUCCGCUCCUUUCAGGACGGCUGGGUGGGAGGGGGAGGUGACAGCGAGGAGGAGCAAGAGGAAGAAGUGCACCUCCUGGACGGCGCCAACCUCUGACCUUUUGACACUUUUUGUUUCCUUUUUCACUUUUGAGCUUUAUAGACUCCUCCCGUGGCCAUGAAAGGGAACACCUCAUGCAUGUGCUCUUGUCCGCUCGACGCAACGAUGCAGCUGGACCUGUGAACCUUCCUCACCUGUUCGUCCUCCUCAGUGAAGCGGUUGCCAUGGAAACAGAAGUCUCCCGUUUCAUGGAAUAUUGUACGUGCACGGGAGACACAAAGUAGAAGAGAGCGUCCAUCUGUCCGUCCGUCCAUUCAUUCAUUCAUCCAUCCAUCCAUCCGCGUGAAAUGAAGGUGAAAUAAAUGAUGCAAGUUGUCAGUUACUUUUCACUCUCGCUACUUUUCCAUUGGGAACACUGCAUCUUCCCGCUGAAGCUUUCAGGCCUCUGGAGAAAAAUGUGGAUUUACCGCAGAGAUUGUCUCCACCGAUGAAGAUGGUCAGCAUGGAGAAGAGUGUUUCCUUAUCUUGACGUUUCCUCAUUUCUGUGCCGUGUCAAUGAAGUUGUGCAUCAUUGUGAAUAAUUUCAUGUUUGAUUUCUUUGAUUGUACAUUUGAAACAGGAAGAUUCAUUAAAUUUGCUUUGAACUUUAAAGAACAUACUGUUCGUUUAUC